AUGUCGAUCACUCACAUUGUCCUCUUCCAAUUCAAAUCCGGCAUCGAUGCCCAAGUAAUCAAGGACGUUUGUACGCGCAUGCUCGGUCUGAAAGAUAACUGCGUGCAUCCAUCAUCCCAGAGGCCAUACAUUAAGGCAUCAUCGGGGGGUAUGGACAAUUCACCUGAGGGUAUUCAGGCCGGUAUCACUCAUGCCUUUGUUGUCGAGUUUGAGAACGCGGCAGACCGAGACUAUUAUUGCAAGGAAGAUCCCGUGCACCAAGAAUUUGUUCAGAGCCUAGGUGGACUCAUCGAGAAAGCCCAGGCGAUUGACUAUACACCUGGUGUCUACUAG